AUGGAUUUUGCAGAUCUAUCCAAUUACGAUGACCUCUUGACCGACAUCUUCUUGGAUGGCUUGUUCCUGUGGUUCAAGACAACCAAGGUAAAUGCCGUACGACGACGACGGCCUCGGAUUCCCUCCAACAAAGUCCUGGAUAUCAUUCAACGCAACAUUCUCAUGGAAAAAAGCCCUAGCGAUGCGAUUGCUGAAUUCCUUCAAAUGGACUACUUUAAGCAUUACAUUGCGUCAAAGUCUGUCAAGCAGCAGCAAGAAUUUGUGCAACACAUGAAGCGCUAUCUUUAUAUGUAUAUGCCAAGUGCAGGCUAUGAGCUGAGUGAUACACGUCGAUACUACAAGCAUCAAGAUCGGAGAGUGCCGCAACCAUGCUUGGUGGCGACCAAGGAUUGGCAUGUGGGGCAGGAGCUAAGGUUUUGCACAGGGACCCUUACAAGCCUCAAGCCCAAAGAGAGCGCUCAAAUGUGCAAAAACAGGCGAGAUGUUGGUGUCGUAUGGUCACCGCGGAAAGGUUGCAGCUGUGUUUUUCUUGGUCCUGCAAGAUUUAUCAAUCACGAUUGUGAUGCAAACUGCAAGUUCAUAUCUACAGGCCAAAAUUCAGUGGCAUUUAGGGUCGUCAAGGAAAUCAAAUGUGGAGAUGAGUUGACUGCAUACUAUGGGAAUCAUUAUUAUGGCGAAAACAAUUAUGAUUGUCGAUGUGCGACAUGUGAAAGGCAAGGUGAAGGUUAUUUCUCUAUAAACCACGAGACUACCGAUAAUGGAUCAAUGGGUGAAAAAGAAGAUGGCAAAAUGAAAGUUAGCCGGAAGCGGAAGUCCGCUCUUCACCAAGAAGAUUAUCUUGCGGAUGCCUUACUCUUUGAUCAGGAGCAGCAUGAGCCUGUUAUUAAGAACAAACGCCGUAAAUCGAGUGUCAUGAGCAUUGACUUUUUGUGUGGCAAUCAAGGACAAGAACCAAAGAGCGGAGAAAGGAUACCCACAAGUCCUUUGGAUUUGCUGUGUGAUGCAGUGAUGGAUGCAGAGUACAUUAACGUGGAGAACAAGGAGCAGCAGCAACAGGAACCCAAAGCCUUAACGGUGUUGGUGGAUCAAAAGAACGUUAAUUCGGUCUCUAUUUCAAUGUAUUACCCAGGUCCCUCGCCUGUGAGUGACGACGAGAUCAAAGCUGAUUCGGCUGUGAGCGUUUCGCCAACACCACAUGAAUGGAAAGAAGAUCUAUCAUCAUCAUCAGAUGAAGGUGUGGAAGAAGAGGAGACCCCGUUGGACGAUAUUUUGGAUGAUGUAUCAGAUUUGUCAUCAGUGGCAUCCUCUGAAUUGGAUGAAUGGAGUGACCUUGAUGGAAAUAUCAGCAGCAGCAGCAACAGCGGUAAACAACUACAACGUAAAGCAAGCAAUAGUAAGAAAGAGGAAAAUGCCAAAGAUGGUCCUUUGCAAUGUAUCGCUUGUCAACGAGAACUUCGACGAGAAGAAAUUUCAGAGCAAUUGGGAUGCGAUACAUCCAUCACAGCGGACCUUGUUACAUGGACGUGGACACCAAGUGCAUUGUUUACGGAUUGGAGGCCCAAGCGUUGUCCACGUUGUGAGCGGCAUUAUGCUAUUUUCAACCAAGAAUGGCCCAAUCGACGACAGCGGAAAAGUAUCAUUGAUAGCACGCGAGACACAAGCUCCAAAAAAUCUAUACCCAGUGUCAAACACAAAUCAUCCACAACCACCAGCACCCGCAAGUUGUCAUCGUCUUCACCUUCAUUGUCCAACAAAAAGCUCAACAAGAAAAAAGCAACGCCCACAUCAUCACAGCCUUCCUCGUCAUCAUCACCUACGCGAUCACAACAUGACCCCCCAGUAACAACGUUGCAAGAUCAAGACGCCAUAGAUGAGCUUUUCUUGUAUGAAUCCCCACUCACCCCAUUAUCCGAAUUUGGUGGUGAUGAGGAAGAGCUGCUUGCACUGUAA